UGUCCGGGGGGCAGCAACUUAAAAGGGGGAGGGAACUGCGACCGAAGACUCGGUCGGUGAUGGGAGCGCAAUGUAUGAGGGGAUACUGUGCCUCAGGUUUAAAAGAGCAGGAAGCUGAGUGAGAGGGUACAAAAAGUGUCUUCGCGAGGCGGAGGUUACAGGUGGUGUCUCGGAGAAGAGCUGGGAGGCUGCAGGCUGUAGUCGGGAAAGGAGAUCAGAGAAGUGUGGUAGGGACACUUUAGGGGCUAGCGUCCUGGGACGAGGGAGAAGUUCGUGACUUUCUGAGAACUGGCAGGAAUGUGCCUCCUGGCCCUCGGUGCUUCCCCCCUGGGGGGAGGCAUGGUGAGGGACUGUGGCAGGCUCCACUGAACGCUGAGCCGCACAGGUCCGACUCCACGUAUGGAUCCAGAUAAUAAGAAGUCAGCCACAGAGGCUGCCGCGAUCAUAGACCUCGAUCCCGACUUCGAACCCCAGAGCCGUCCCCGCUCCUGCACCUGGCCCCUUCCUAGACCAGAGCUCGCUCCCGAGCCACCCGAGCCGUCCGAGGUGGAGCCAGGUCUGGGAGAGAAGGUACACCCGGAGGGACGCUCCGAGCCGAUCCUGUUGCCCUCCCGGCUCCCAGAGCCGGCCGGGGGCCCCCAGCCAGGGAUCCUGGGGGCUGUUACAGGUCCUCGGAAGGGAGGCUCCCGCCGGAAUGCCUGGGGAAAUCAGUCAUAUGCAGAACUCAUCAGCCAGGCCAUUGAAAGCGCCCCGGAGAAGCGGCUGACACUUGCCCAGAUUUAUGAGUGGAUGGUCCGCACGGUGCCCUACUUCAAGGACAAGGGUGACAGCAACAGCUCAGCAGGAUGGAAGAACUCUAUCCGCCAUAACCUAUCCUUGCACAGCAAGUUCAUCAAGGUUCAUAAUGAGGCCACAGGCAAGAGCUCUUGGUGGAUGCUGAACCCGGAGGGAGGCAAGAGCGGCAAGGCCCCCCGCCGACGAGCUGCCUCUAUGGAUAGCAGCAGCAAGCUGCUCCGGGGCCGCAGCAAAGCCCCCAAGAAGAAACCAUCUGUCCUGCCAGCUCCACCCGAAGGUGCCACUCCAAGGAGCCCUAUGGGUCACUUCCCCAAGUGGUCAGGCAGCCCUUGUUCUCGAAACCGUGACGAAUCCGAUGUGUGGACUACUUUCCGUCCACGAAGCAGUUCAAAUGCUAGCACUGUCAGCACCCGGCUCUCUCCAAUGAGGCCAGAGUCUGAGGUGCUAGCAGAAGAAGAAAUGCCAGCCUCCAUCAGCAGCUAUGCAGGGGGUGUCCCUACCACCCUCAAUGAAGAUCUAGAGCUGCUGGAUGGGCUCAAUCUCACACCGACCCAUUCCCUGAUGUCUCGGAGCAGUCUCUCUGGCUUCUCUUUGCAGCAUCCAGGGGUUACUGGGCCAUUACACAGCUACGCCACUUCCCUCUUUGGCCCAGUAGAUGGGUCCCUAUCAGCAGGAGAAGGGUGCUUCUCAAGCUCCCAGUCUCUAGAGGCUCUGCUCACCUCUGAUACUCCACCACCCCCUGCUGAUGUGCUCAUGACCCAGGUAGAUCCCAUUCUGUCCCAGGCUCCCACGCUUCUCUUGCUGGGAGGCAUGCCUUCCUCCAGUAAGAUGGCCACUGGAGCUGGCCUAUGUCCUAAGCCCCAUGAGGCUCCAGGUCCCAGCAGUUUGGUUCCCACCCUUCCUGUGAUGGGACCACCUCCAGUCAUGGCAGGUGCUCCCGUCCCUAAGGUCCUGGGAACGCCUGUGCUCACCUCUCCUACUGAAGCUGUAAGUCAUGACCGAAUGCCUCAGGAUCUAGAUCUUGACAUGUAUAUGGAGAACCUGGAGUGUGACAUGGAUAAUAUCAUCAGUGACCUCAUGGAUGGUGAGGGACUGGACUUCAACUUUGAGCCAGAUCCCUGAGUCACAGCUGGAAGCUUUAUUCCCUGCUUCAGAGGUGGAGCCAGGCAUGUCCAUAUUCACUGUUUUUCCCUUGCACCCUCCCCAGGAGUUUUAAGACCCUGCUUUAGAGCUAGGGUGGGAUCUGGUCACACACAGGUGUUGAAGAAAUUAUCAAGAUAGCCGUACCAUAUGGGGACUGUGGAGGGAGGGAGGGAGAAGGGAAGAGGGUUUUUCUCACUGUGCCAAUUAGGGGGUAAUUAUGGCCCUUUCUCAAGGAGCCAUCAUCAAUUUCCCCGUUCCCACCCCCUAGGCCUUGUAGCAGGGGCCAGCAAUGAUGUUGGAAAUGUGAAGUCACCAGUGGCCUUACCCUGCCUUUGGGAGCAGGAUUUUUUUUGUAGAGAGUCUUAUCUGAGUUGGGCCAGGCUAGGUUAAGCCUGAGAAUUUUAUGCAGUGGCCCCUUAGGCCAGUGGGGGGUGGGGGUGGGGAGGGAAUUGGGGACCUAGCACUGGAGUGCCUCACCAGGCCAAAUCACCUUUGGAAGGAUACAGAUAACAGAUAAGCUUUUUAUAAACUUUUAAAGAAAUAUAAACACAAAUACAGAGAUUUUUUUAACAGGGGCAAGGUGCUAGUGAUGGGGUGAAUGCUUUUUUCUUUCUGAAGGCUUUGUCAUAGUGACAUGAUCCAAACACUACUGACAAUGCUAGUGGAGACAAGGAGAAGUUGAAAAGUGGUGGGUAGCAAUAGUGAACAUGGGAAAGAGCUCCCAUUUGGACCAGGCUGAGAAAAAGGUCUGUGCAUAAUUUAGGUUGGAAUGUAAAAACCUAAGCCCGUCCCGCAUUCUGUCAAUUUGUGCCUGGGAGAGGGUGCUGCUUGAAGAACAGCCACACUCUUGUAUGACCUAAUGCGGGUUAAUGCUAAGGGAGAGUGCAUUGAAGCCUGGAAUUAGCUUGGGGCCUCCAAGAGGGGCAGGAGGAGUGAGAAAGAGAGAAGGAUUUAGGGUGGUAAAGUUAGGCACAGAGACCUCCCUGUUCAUGGCCUGGGACAGCUGUCCCUGCCCUUCUUCCCCUUCCUGGACUACAAGAGUUGUGUGGUGGCAGGCAGGGCUGAGAAGAGGAACCAGGAAGGGGGAGCUUGGCUGAGGGUCUGGGAAAUGAGCUGGGAUGGGGGCAAUGUGGAUCAGGUUUACUAGCACCUGCCAGGGAGGCCAUCUGGGGCUCCUCAACCCCAGGACCCAAGCCACCCCUCCCCCAGUGCCCUUUGCAUUGUUCCCUCCCCCACCCCUGCUGUGGGUUCCCAUCAUUUCCUGUGUCAGCGCCUGGCCUACCCAGAUUGUAUCAUGUGCUAGAUUGGAGUGGGGAAGUGUGUCAAAUCAAUAAAUGAAUAAAUUCAAUAAAUGUCUAUAACCA